GCACCAUCCCUUGGUUCCUCCCCCUACCCACCUCUGAGCACCAUCCCUUGGUUCCUCCCCCUACCCACCUUCGAGCACCGUCCCUUGGUUCCUCCCCCUACCCACCUUCGAGCACCGUCCCUUGGUUCCUCCCCCUACCCACCUCUGAGCACCAUCCCUUGGUUCCUCCCCCUACCCACCUCUGAGCACCAUCCCUUGGUUCCUCCCCCUACCCACCUUCGAGCACCGUCCCUUGGUUCCUCCCCCUACCCACCUCUGAGCACCAUCCCUUGGUUCCUCCCCCUACCCACCUCUGAGCACCAUUCCUUGGUUCCUCCCCCUACCCACCUCUGAGCACCAACCCUUGGUUCCUCCCCCUACCCCUACCACCUCCUGGUACCGCCUCUU